UUAGUUACGUCGUACGAGAUGCCUCGUAAGAUUUCUAACCUAACUUUAACAAUUAUUUAUUACUACUGUUACUCCAUUGUCAGUCUCUUACCUGUAAAUUCCUCUUUGCCAUCAAUAUGGCAAUAGAUCUCUUGGUAGUAAGCAAAACAAAGUUCCAUUUUAAAAGGUACAUAUGUAUGAAACCAACGAUUAUUAUGUCGUUGAAUUUAGUGAAAUAAUUGUAAAAGACUGAACACGUGUGUUGUGUGUGUAUAUAUAUAUAUAUAUAUAUAUAUAUAUAUAUAUAUAUGUACAUAUAUGCAUAUGUAUACUGUAUAUGUAUAUAUAUUUAUCUUGGACUCGAUGUAUGUAUCAUCAGUACAGAAUGGUUUCGCGUAAAAAGAACGACAGUCAAUCCAAUAUUUUAUUGCCGAUUUUAGUAAGUGCCUGUGCUAUUCCUAUAUCAAUGUUGUUUUGGUCGAUAAACGUCCUUUAUUCAACCUUCUCAUCGGAAUCUGAAGGUUAUAACGAGGAAUCAUUACAAAUAUCACCAUGGAGAUGGUUGGCAGCUAUAAUAAUUCCAAUAACAUUUGUUUUUUGGGGCCUAAAGAAGAAAAGCUUAGAUAUAUCUGGAGCUAUAUUUGGACUGUUCGUGGGUUUCAUAUUGACGCUCACUAGUUUUAGUCAUUUAAUAUGUUUAAUAAUAUUUUUCAUUACUGGAUCAAAAGCAACCAAAUUUCGUUGUAACUUGAAAAAGGUACAAGAGAAAGGAUAUAAGGAAGGUGGACAGAGAACAUGGAUUCAAGUAUUGUGCAAUGGUGGAAUGCCUACUCAAUUAGCUUUGUUAUACCUUUUGGAUGUUGGAUGUGGAGAACAUCCUAUUGAUUUUGAUAAGAAUUACAGAAGUUCAUGGUUAUCGGUAGGAAUAUUAGCGGCUUUUGCUUGUUGCAAUGGUGAUACAUGGGCUUCUGAAUUUGGUACAGUAUUGGGUAGUGGUGAUCCAUUUCUUAUUACAACAAGAAAACGAGUACCACGUGGAACGAACGGCGGGGUAUCAUGGAUAGGUCUAUUGUUUUCUGCUCUUGGCGGAAUAAGUAUAGGUUUGGGCUUUUUCUUCACUACAUUGUACGCUGUAGAUACAGCGACACUAGAGUUAGCAGCACCGCAAUGGCCUAUUAUUAUCAUAGGUGGAAUAGCAGGACUGUUCGGUAGUCUUUUAGAUUCUAUAUUAGGGGCAACAUUACAAUAUUCAGGUAUAGAUAAAGAGGGAUUGAUAGUUCAACAUCCAGGGAAAGGAGUAAAACAUAUCAGUGGUAGACAGAUAUUAGAUAAUCAUAGUGUUAAUCUUUUAUCAUCUAUUAUUAUUGCUCUUACUUUUCCUAAAGUGGCAAAUGUAAUUUGGCCAUGAGAUAGAUCUUAUAGAAUAAUUGUAUCAUUUAUUUAGUCAUAUAAGACAUUUUCAAUUUCCUUUAUAUUUUACUAAAUAACUAUAUUUGAAGAUAUUGACAAUAUAUAUAUAUAUAUUUUUUUUUUGUUCGUUGAAUUUUCCAAUUAACCUUCGAUGGAAGAAUUCACUCAUACGUCUGAAAUGUUUAUGCCAAAUUAAUUUAUUAGAGGUUAUCACAAUUAUUAUACAAUAUGUUUUUCAUUUAUUAAUAGACUGUUUUACUCAGGUAUACGUUAUGUGGGAACAGGGAAUUACAUAGAAAUAAUACUGCACCAUUUAGAAGAUGAUAUUAAGAUUUUGUUUAAAUUAUUCUUAACUAUCGAUAAAAGAUAUUUAUGCAUUAUAAGAUGUAUCUUGCAUCGAUACUGAUAUUAUUUUAUUCUUUAGUUAUGUAUAUAUCCAUAUUUAGAGUUGACUUUUUAUAAAAGAUUUGAUCAAUACAAAAAAUAUAUCGUAAUUACGAAAAUAAAAAAAAAAAUAAAAAAAUGCAAUAAUUUCAGAAUAUAUUGUUGAAAUAAUUGUUAAAAUUUCUUAUUAUAAGAUCGAAUAAAAUAUAUGAAAUUUUUUAUACGCUCUUCGUUUGGUGGCUUUUGCACUAUUACGGAAAUCGAACGUAAGUUUCGUCAUAUUAUUAAACAUAGGUAAUUUUAACAUUUAUAUGUAUAUAUAUUUAUACAUAUAUAUUUUUUUCUUUUAAUUUUCUUUUUUUUAUUUACUCGCUUACGCAUCAUCGUGAUACAUUUUAUACGAACGAAUUACUAUGAAAUUUUUACUUAGCAAUGAAGAAUUCGAUUAUCUUCAUUAUUUUCUUCGUCAUAGGGGGAAAAAAAAAAAAGCUUUAAUUUUUAUAUAUAAACGUUUAUGUAUCUAUAUAGUUAGAAUGAUAUUAAUCACACAGAUAUUUUCAUUACUGCCCAUUAGAUUUCAAUAAAAGUUAACAAUCAUAAAGAAUAUAUUUGUGAUGAUAUAGAUAUCAUUUAUUAUCAUUAUCAUUAACUAUUAUUACUAUUACAUUCACUCCCGUUGAAAUAUAUAUUACAAAUGUUACUAUUACUAUAAUUAACGUACAAUCGUGAUCCUUAUAUAUCUUCGUUGAAUAAUAUAGAAUUUUCUUAAAUACAGAUAAAAUUAUCUUUUAGAUAUCCAUAUGUUCUACGUGGUGUAUCUAUUUAUUUAUCUAUCUAUCUAUCUAUCUAUCUAUAUAUUUGUCUAUCUAUUUGUCUAUCUAUUUGUCUAUUUAUCUAUGUAUAUACAUCGUACAUAAACGUAUUAAUAUUAGAAGGAUCAGAAUGAAAUAUAAUUGUAAUUUCUUCUCGCGAAAUUUCUACACUCUCUCGAUAAUUAUUCGCAGAUACAUUUGUUUAUACAAUAUAUACGUACUUACAUAAUUAAUAUUUUUUAUUGGAACUAUAGAAUCAAUUACAAAAAAUUAAAAUUGCUGCAAACAUUAAAGGUGUAUGCAAACAACAAAAUUGUAUGUUAUAUGACAAAUCAAAAUGAUUUUAUGUAUAUGUACAUGUAUAUUUAUUUUUUUUUCUAUGAUAAUAAUAAUAAUAAUAAAAAAAUAAAAAAAAAAAAAAAAAAAAAAGAAAAAAAACAGAGCAAUAUUCUACGUAAGUACUAAAGUUUGCAAUGGCAAAUCGAUCGAUUGAUAUGCUUUUUAAAAAUGAUUGCGAUUGCUAUUGCGAUUAGAUGUAAAUAAUAAGUUAGACGAAUACGCGAUGUUCGAUCGAAUAUUUAAAAAUGAACGAUAUAAAAAAUAAUGACAUUAAUAUCAAUGUAAUUAUAUUUUAAUCAGGUACAUAAUUGUAUGUUAAACUUUGCAAUAUUUUGUAUUAUUUUUAGCAGACAAAAGGGGUUUUCAAAGUUUCACGAGGCCGCUCAUGUAAUUUACAUAAAAAGAAAUGAUUGUUCCACAUGUUUUAUUGUUAUUAAUAUUGUUAUUAUUAUUAUUAUUACUAUUAUUAUUACUAUUAUUAUUAUUAUUAUUAUUAUUAUUAUUAUUAUUAUUAUUAUUAUUAUUAUUAUUAUUAUUAUUAUUAUUAUUAUCCUGAUUCGGUUAAAGAACAUAACAAGUAUGCAAUAGAAUGUAAUUAUUUAUCCUCUUUUUAAAGAAUAACAGAUACAUUGCAUUUCGUGAAACUAUAAUAUAAGAGAACAUAAUUAUUGACAAGAGUCUUGGUGUAUAUAUUUAUUAAUGGGCUAAUCAGCGAGUAACAUGAAAUAUCAAAUUUAUAAUUAUUUCAUAAGAAAUAUAUAUAUAUAUAUAUAUAUAUAUAUAUUUACCACAAAUAUUUUGGAAUAAUUAUAAUAAAAACGAUUAACAAAUUGAUAUAUUUCAUCAAACAUUGCAUUCUCGUCGUUCGUAUAUUAAAAUUUUAAGUUUAAUCGAUAAUAUACCGAACAAAGUAUCUAUAUAUAAUUUAAAUAACAUUAAUUUAACAAAUAAUUCGCAAUAACUUCGUCUACGAAUAUUUAAUCGAUAUAAUUGUCGAUCAUAAAUCGAAUUAACAAGUUGAUAAAAUAAACUAAGAUCAUUUCUUUCAUUAAUUUGGCAAAUAAUAUGAAUAGAACGAGGAAUUUAAUGUACGCGUAUAAUAAGUUCCGAAUAUCAAAUAAUUAUAAUAAAAAUGUUCCGAUAAGAAAAA